AUGUCGUACACGGGCACGACAGCGCUGUUCGCUCCCGGACCCAACCCACGAGCGCCCGCACGUCCCUGGCGAUCCGACGACUUCUUCGCCGUCGACGAUCGCGUUCGCGGAGGUACCAGUCACUCGCACACCGCCAUCGUCCAAUACCCUCCCAACAACCGCGGCGAGCUCGUCUUCUCCGGCUUCCUCGAUACGCUCACCCUCGGUGGUGCCGGCUUCGCUUCGCAAUCCUCCACCACUCCCUUCCCCGUCAAGCUCAGCAAGGACGACUUCAUUGGUCUUCGACUCGUCGUUCGCAAGCAGGCCAAUUGGGAGGAGCCAUCGCCCCCUUCUGAUGGAAGCAAUCCGGGAGGUGGCAAAGGACCGGUGACGUCCUUCGUGUUUGAGAUCAAGACCGAGGAGCCAAAGAGGAGGCCGGAUGGUAGGAGGGAGAGCGUGGUUGUGUGGGAGUGGAGCUUCACCCUCCCCCAAGGCGACGACGAUGUUCAGGACGGCAGACUCAACAUGGCGCUCACCAACGACGACUUUUGGGUGUUCGACUCGACCUGGUCCGACUUCAAGCCGUUCUAUCGUGGCAGACCCGUCGAUCCAGACACCGCCGGCGAAUUCAACCCCGCAAACACGUACGAAUGGAGCCUCAUGGCGCGGAGCAACUUCCAAGCUCAAUCCGGACCCUUUGCCGUUCAGCUGCACAGUCUCAACGCUCUUCCCACCGAAGACCAGUUCUCAGCCACCGACCCGAAUGCCGUCGCCUCAGCCUUGCCAGUCGAGCAAACCGAACCACACCCCGAGUCAUGGCUCGACGAAAAAUCGCACCAUUCCUUUCGAGCCACUUCCUUUCGCGUCCCCUCCCCCUCCGGAACCACAUCUGUGACCGAACGCUCUUCCGGAGAGUACUACGGCUUUGCGCUGUUUAUCUUCGCCACCUUGCUGUGGGUCGGAUGGAUAGCGUGGGCACUGACGCCGGAUCACGUGCUGCAGAGUGUAGGCAUCGGAUGGUAUCCGAAUCGCGAGUGGGCGUUUUUGUUGCCGGCCUGGUCCUUGUUCGCCGUAUUGGCCGUGUAUGCCGGGUUUAUUGGAUUGAACGCGAGGAACACGCCGGAGUUGGGUGAGGUCGUGAACGUUACCGAUACGGCGCAGAACGUUCUGCCCAUCUCGAUGGAGGACGAGAUGCAUCUGUUCGAUGAUCAGGAUAGGCUGGAGAAGAGUCUGCAUGAUAUCUACGAUCUGCCUCCCACCUAUGUCUCCCGUCAGAUGCAUUUGUGA